AUGGCACGUAUUGAAGCAUCCAUCACCCUCACGCCUGGACACCCUGACGGACUCAAUGUUGUGGCAUCUUUGCUCGAGAAAUACAAGGACGAUGAAUACUAUGCGUACGAACGUGAGGAUUGCUGGUAUAUUGGCCUUGGUGCAUCCAUGUCCCUUGUGGUUGACCCCCGGGGGCAGAAUGCCACUGUCACUCUCGAGAAGAAAGAGACGCGCUAUCCCGUGGAGCAUUCACUGCCCGACAUUGCCAGGGAAUUCCUGGCCAAGCACUGGAAUGGGGUCGGCAGAGUCUUCGGCCAAGUCGGUUUCAACUAUGCCGCCCACAUCCGUGGAUACAGCUACAAACCCGGUCGCUGGCCGCUUCUGGCCUUGAUGAUUCCGCGCAAUGAGGUUUGCCUUCAAAGGAACCAGACUACCGUGAUAGGGUCCAACAGCGAUGAAGUCCUAGCCUUAAUCGCAUCCAUAAAGGAAGCGCCUGGCUUCGAGGCGCCCAAGCAGAGUCAAUCGAUCGAUACGACAGACUCGGCGGGCGAAUAUAUCCCUCGAGUCCAGAAGGCACUGUCGGAAAUCAGCAAAGAUCAGUAUUUGAAAGUGGUCCCGUCGCGAGCUGUAGACCUUCGGGAACAAGUGAACAUGCAUGAAACGUUGCUUCGGGGCAGGCAGUCUAACAACCCCUCCCGCACCUUCUGUCUCAACCACGCGGGAUACCAAGCCACUGGCUUUUGCCCUGAGCUAGUAAUGUCACUGGAUAAAGGGGUUGUGAAGACCGAGCCUCUCGCUGGGACGCGCUCGUGUGAGGGAACCAAAAACGACGUCGAAAGGCUACGAAAGGAAUUGGAAACCGACAGCAAGGAGAUUGUGGAACAUGUCACUUCUGUCAAGGCAGCCAUCGGCGAGAUCCGUCAACUCUGUGACACGGCCACGGUGGAGGAUUUUAUGUCUGUCCGCCCGCGCGGGAGUGUGCAGCACCUAGGCUCACGUGUGGCGGGAUAUCUUGCAUUGGGAAAGGACAUGUGGGAUGCGCUGAAUGUUAUAUUCCCAUCAAUUACGGUCUCGGGGAUUCCUAAGGAGGAGGCCAUCGAUGCUAUCGAGCGUCUCGAACAACGGCCCAGGGAACUCUACUCUGGUGCCGUUCUCAUGCUGGAAGACCCACAUACUAUGGAAGCGGCACUUGUCCUUCGCACGGUAUUCCAGGACUCCAACCACCAGUGGAUCCAAGCGGGGGCUGGAGUGAUUGCCGAAUCGAAGCCCGAGCGUGAGCUGACUGAGAGUUGUGAGAAACUGGCCAGUAUUGCCCCUUACAUAAUAAAAACAACCUAA